GAAAAGCACAACAUCGUAGGUGCGGCUGGCCUUACUGUGACUUCGCAUGUGUGGGCUCACUCUAACGGGACUUUAAAACUGCGGUCAAGUGAGCCUUUAAAUGAGGAUGAAGCUGCUGCAGCUGCUGCUCCUCGUCAGCGUUUCCCAGCAUGCCCUUACUGUGGUAGUGGAAGUAUAUGAAGGGGAAAGAUCUGUCCUGCUGCCCUGUCAGUUCACAGGUUUUAUACCUGUGGACCCCACAGUGAUGUGGACUCACAGAGAUCUCCAUCCCAAAACUGUCCACCUAAGACGAGAAGGAGGAGACGAUCUUAGAGGACAAAACCAGCUUUUCAGCGGGCGUACAUCAAUGAGGCCUGAUGCUCUGGACACUGGAGACUUCAGCCUCACUCUGAAAAGCCUCCAACUGACUGACACUGGCAGCUACACCUGCUCCAUCAGUUAUGGGAGAGAAGAACUGAGACUUAAAGAUUUACAGCUGGAGGUCAAAGACCAGCAGGUGGAGGUAAAGGUGGAGGAAGGCUCAGAGUCUGUCAUGCUGCCCUGCGAAACAAAGCUUUACCUGCCUGAGGACACCAGUGUGGAGUGGACUCACUCUGACCGAAAAUUCACAGUGACCCAAGUGCAUUCAAACAACAGUGAUCACCUGAAACAGCUGGACAACCUUUACUGCGGCCGCGGAAAGAUGAACAAAGACCUGCUAAGAACUGGAGACCUCAGUCUGACCCUGAAAUACCCCACAGUGAGAGACAGUGGAGGAUACAUCUGCACCAUCUACAGGGACAAAGACAUCCUGAGACAGAAAGUAGUGCUGCAGGUCAAAGAACCAUUUCUAAUCUGGAACAUUGUUCUUGUGGUUCCCCUGGUUCUCCUGGUUCUUCUUGUGGUUUCUGGAGGUCUUUUAUUUCAUUUCCGGCACUAUUUCAUGUCAGUUUACCAGGUGGAGGUGAAAUCAGGGGUGGAGUCUGUCCAGCUGCCCUGCAAAACCACAAUUCGCCUGCCUGAAGAUGCUAAAGUGGAGUGGAAGGAUGGUUCUAUCUAUGACAGGAAGGUCCACGUGUAUGAGAACGGCUCUGACCAGCCUGAAGAACAGCAUGAAGAUUACAGAGGGCGAACAGAGAUGAAGAGAAGCCUCCUGAGACCUGGAGACCUCAGUCUGACCCUGAAAUACCCCACAGAUGAAGACACAAACACCUACACCUGCACUGUUUACAGCAAGGAGGGAAACAUCCUGCUGAAGAAAGACGUGGUGCUCAUUUUCAGAGAUUAUGCGGAGGUGAAGCCAGAGGACUCUGAGGUGGAAGAUGUCAAACUGCCCUGCAAAACCACACUUCACCUGCCUGAAGACGCUAAAGUGGAGUGGAAGGAAGGGGGCAACAGAAAGGUCCACGUGUAUGAGAACGGCUCUGACCAGCCUGAAGAACAGCACCAGGAUUACAGAGACCGAACACAGAUGAAUGAAGACCUGCUGCAAUCUGGAGACCUCAGUCUGACCCUGAAAUACCCCACAAAUGGCGACACGAAGACCUACAUCUGCACCGUCUACAGCAGGGAGGGAAACAUCCUGAUGAAGAAACAAGUGAAGCUGAAAGUCAGAGUCUGUCAGAGGGGGGCAAAGGAGGGGGAUGAGUCUGUCCUGGUGCCAUUCAAAACUUCACAGAACCUGCCUGAAGAUGCUGAAGUGGAGUGGGUACGCUAUAACCCAAAAAAGACAAUCCAUGUAUAUAAGAAUGGCUCUGACCAGCCUGAAGAACAGGACCAGGUUUACAGAGACCGAACAAAGAUGAAUGAAGACCUGCUGAGAACUGGAGACCUCAGUCUGACCCUGAAACACCCCACAGAGAGAGACAGUGGAGGAUACAGAUGUGUAGUCUAUGGGAAGAUCUGGAGGGGGAAAACAGUGCUGCUCAGAGUCGAAGGUCUAGGGUCAAACAAGGAAUCAAGGGACAUCAGGAACAGAAGCAGCUGCAUUGAUCUGACUCCUCUGUCGGCUUAGGCCUGUAUUAAGAAGUGAGAUUAAUAGUUUAGUCAGCUGAAAACCAGGCUUUUCUGUGACACCAAACUGUUUUUUUACCUGGUAACUUGUCCUGAACACAUCACGUGUUCAGGAGCAGGUAAUGUUCUCAUGAACUCAUUACAUUUUAGUGGGUCUCACAACAAUCAGAUAAUUCAUAAGAUAAGUAAAAAUAAUUAAUUUCCCUAUCAAGAAUGUGGGGCUGGUGUCCAAAGUUGGUGGGUCUUUGCUGUAGGUUGUGUCCACUUGGGGUUUCUGGAACUCAUGUUGACUUGUGGUGCACUUUGCCUCUUUUAAACCAGGUGGUAUGUAUUUUACAAGCAUGUUGUUCUAUUAUUGCAUGCUUUAUGUCCAGUAUGGAUGCUCAGCUUUAUAUGAGCAGCUUGUUACGCUCUACUUUGCUAAAACCACUGAAUGAAGCAAAAACUUGGUCACAUUGUCACAGGAAUGUGCAUGCAUUUUGUAAUGCAGAAAAAGUGUAAAGUGUUGAAAUAUGGUUUUGCGAAAAAGUGACCACUUACCAAGUGAUAUUAACUUGUCCUGCAUUUUGAAUGUGUAAUAACCCUGAAACAUAGUAAAAAACCUGUUAAACAUCAUGCAGAUGAGAUAAACUGGAAUAUAUAAGUAAACAAACAAGUGUAUAUAAUCUCUCAGAGGACCUUUUCACAGCUAGCAUUUCAGUCAUCA